AUGUCGGCUAUUGGUAUGCCCGCGCAUAUACUGAUCUUAUUUCAAGCGAGACCACUGCUAAAUUUUUACAAGCCCGUAAAAAAAAAAAAACCAAAAGAAUAUAGUGGAGUUGCAAAUUAUUUAAACUAUUUUGAAGAUAAAGAACCACCACCAAAAAUAAAAUUAGAAAAUACAAAAGAAAGAAGAGAAAGGAAAAAAAAAGAAAAAAUUACAUAUAACGAAUUACUGUUAAAGGAAAAGAGAAAAGAAUAUGACCCAUUUAAAUAUGAAGAUUUAACGAGUGAUCCAAAGAAAACAUUAUUUAUUGGUAGAUUAUCAUAUGAAGUAAAUGAAAAGAAAUUAAAAAAAGAAUUUGAAAAUUAUGGGAAAAUUAGGAAAGUGAAAAUAAUAUAUGAUAAAAAUUUCAAGCCUAGAGGAUAUGCUUUUAUUGAAUUUGAACAUACAAAAAGUUUAAAUGAUGCUUAUAAAUUAGCAGAUGGGAAGAAAAUAGACAACAGAAGAAUACUAGUAGACAUAGAAAGAGCAAGGACUGUUAAAAAUUGGAUACCCCGAAGAUUAGGUGGUGGUAAAGGACCAGCAAGGGGAUCAGAUGAUAGGAAAAAGGUUUCUCAUAAUAUUAAUUGGAGUGUAUUAAUUAAUAAAGAUAAAUAUAGAAAUGACAAAAAAAAAGGGGAAGAUAUGUAUAAAAAUGUACCUUUAUAUAAUGAGAGGAACGACGACGAUGAUGGUGGUAAUGGUGAUAACGAUGGUGGUGGUGAUAACAACAGUAAUGUGAAUAGUGCACUCAAAAAUCCUAAACAUCGAAAGGAGGAUGACAGAAGAAGCUCGAAGAGAGACCACAGGCAUAGGAGCAGGAGGAGCGACUCACGCGAUAGGCACCGUCAUAAGCAUCGAAAGAGGGACAGGAGUAGUAAGGAAAGGGAUAGACACAGAGAUCGGGAUAGAGAUAGAGAUCGGGAUAGAGAUAGAGAUCGGGAUAGAGAUAGAGAUCGGGAUAGAGAUAGAGAUCGGGAUAGAGAUAGAGAUCGGGAUAGAGAUCGCGUUAGAGAUAAAGAUGGACAUCGGGAUAGGAACAAACAUAGGGAAAGAGAUCAGGGGAGAGACUGGGAAGGGGGAGAUCUAGGGAGAGAAUAUGAAGAAGGAAAUCGGGGGAGGGAAUAUGAGGAAGGAAAUCGGGGGAGGGAAUAUGAAGCCUAUGUUGAUGAUGCAGGAGAGAGAUAUAACAGUAUUGAGUAUAAUGAAGAAAAUGAAGGAUAUAUGGAAAGAGGAAAUAAUACUUAUGGUAUGAAUGGCGUGCAGAAUAAUUAUGCGUAUAAUGAUGAUUAUGAAUGA